AUGUUCUACCAGGGGAGCCUGCAGGAGGGCAUUUCCACGGCCGUCGGGCAACAGAAGCUGGUGCUGUGUUUCGUCACUAAUGAAAACGACGAGAGCAAGACAUGGGAGAAUGAGUAUCUACAGGACAGCUCGCUCUCAAAGUUGAUUGAGACUCAAGCUGUCGCCCUGCGGCUUCUCGCAGACUCGGACGAAGCCGGCUACCUGUCGCAAAUCUUCCCGCUGCCAAAGACCCCGACCGUCGUCAUCAUGAAGCAUGGCGAGCUGAAGGAAUACAUCGCCGCCGGCACCAGCAAGGAAGAUUUCCUCCGCCGAGUCCUUGUCGCCUUCAACGCCGCUCCUCCAGCGCCGGCCUCGUCGCUGCCCUCGCCCGCUGCCUCGCCCACCUCCUCACCGACAAGACUGUCUGCCCCUGUGCCGGUCCCCGCUCCAGCGUCACAUUCAAACUCGAACUCACCUUCGCCGUCUCCAUCACCUUCAUCCCAGGCACAGACACAUAUUCCGCCCGCUACCGCACAAGCUGCCGCGCAAUCAGAGAUUGUAAGCCGCAUUCUCGCCGAAAGGGCAGCCAAGCUCCAGGCGCAGAAAGAGGAAGCCGAACGACGAGCCAAAGAAGAGCGCAUCAAGGCUCAGGAAAAGGCCAAAGCCGAGGCACAGGCGGGAGCAGACACAGACAGCGCCAGAGUACACAAACAGGCCGAAGAGCUCAAGAAGAAGCGACACGCAGAACAGGAGGAGCGCCGGAGGAUCCUGAAGCGGAUAGAGGAUGACCGGGAAGAGAGACGAAUGCGGGCAGAGGCAAAGGAGCAGCAGAAGAUUGACAACCAGAAAAUUGGCGACGUGGCUGCCUCGCUGGUCAAUCCCAAGCAGAGCAAGCUGCCCUCAACGACCAGGGUGUCUGAAAUGGCAUCAAUACAGGUGCGACUCUUUGACGGCUCAACCAUACGGUCCCGGUUCAAGACGGCCUCUCCCCUGAAGGAAGUCAGGCGAUGGGUCGACGAGAAUAAAGGAGAGAACAAGAGCCCAUAUACGUUUAAGCAAGUCUUGACGCCGGCGCCCAACAAGAACAUUGAUGCGACAGAGGAGAACAGGGCGCUCGGCGAACUUGGUUUGGUUCCGUCUUCAACACUAGUUUUGAUUCCCGUCCAGAAUUAUUCGACCGCCUACCCCGGCGAGAAGGUGCAAAAUUCCUCCUUCUUCUCCAAGUUUCUGCGGACGAUUCUCGGCUUCUUCGUAUGGAUCUUGAGCUUGCGGGAACGAGCAUCGGAUGCAACGGCGCGAGCUGUUUCUGAGGAGAGGCGGCGGCGUGUUCGAGGCUUACAGAAUUUGGCGGACCGGCAACGCGAUCACCAGCUGUAUAAUGGGAACUCGCUAAAUUUUGAGCCGCGGCCAGACGAAGACGAAUCAUGA